CAUUUAUGAUGAGUAUUAAAGAUGCACGGCAUUCCUUUGAGAGCACACUGGAGCUUAUCUCAAUCUUGAGGCUAAAGCUCUUUUCACACUCCUGAUAACUCAUGGACACACCGUUAUAAACACACCUCCCUCACAGCGUCGCAUUAAAAGGAAACAAGGAACAUUUAUAAGAUAUUAAAGAUGGAUGACAAAGCAGAGUCCUUCACUAAGACUACAGUUUUUGCUGUUUAAUCAAUGCAACGUGUGCAGAGACGUACUCUCACAGUAUCAAUGAAUGAGUGGAAACAUGCUGGGAGCAGAGACAUGCAUGCAGCAGCUUCAUUUCGUGCACGAAUAUUGCACCAGUUGUGUGCCUGAGCGAUUUAACCCUCAUCACUCCUCCUCAUCAUCGGUGGAUGUUCCUGUCUUUUAUCUGCAAAACUCUCUGCAGAAUUGUUACAAAGAAGCUGUCGGGAAAAGGUCCAGAUCAAGUUAGGGUGUGAUUUUCUGCUGAUUGCAUUCACACGUGCACGAAUAUUAUGAUGAGGUGGUGUGUUGCUGUCGUCCUGACGGUGCUGCAGCUCUGCAGCCCGGCGCUGCAGUCGGACCCUCUGCUCUACAUCUCACAGCUGCAGGACGGGCAGGAAACACCCAAGCCGUGGCUCAACCCCGCCCUGGAGGAAGUCGUCCCUUCUCGGGAAAUCACCAAGACCCCUGAAGUCCGAGACCCCCCAGCCUCUCUAACACCCUCAGACCCCAUGUUCGGUGAAUACACCAACCUCAAGUGGGUCACCUGGGACGGCUCCCUCCCCAACGGUGCCGUCGCCAUCUUCAACGGCUACACCGAACGCAACGACUACGUCUGCAAGGUCAACUGUGAGGCCGGCUUCUACACGCCCAGCAAAGGAGCGUUCUGCCAGUACCCGUACGCCGACACAGAGUACAGGUCCUCCAAGUUUGAAAUGCUGGUCAACGUGGACCACUUUGAGUUCCUGCAGUGGGUUGAAGAUUCGUACGGGUCGGUCCCUCAGUACUCCGUGAAAACCUGCCCCAACUCAGACAUCUACGUCGGCAAGAACAAGUACGGUCUCGGCAAAGUGGUGACCCAGCACGAGGCCUUCUUCCUGCCCUACGAGGGGGAUGAGUACUGGUACAAGAGCUACCAGGUCCUGGCCAUCAACAGAGAGAGCUACAGCCAGCACAUCUCACAUGUGGAGUACGCCAUAGACCAGAUGGAGCUCUUCCACCACCCCCCAGAGGCCCUGAAGCUCGCCAAGGUCACCAACCUCGAGUGCAACAGUGUGCAGAAGACGGUGAGUCUGGACAAGACCAGCUCGGUGGAGAAGUCCUGGGACAUCGGCAGAGAGACCCGCAACGGCUCCGUCUCCACCAUGAAGGCCAAAGUUCCCAUCCUGGGCCCGGGGACGGUGGACUUCACCAAGGAGCAGACCGUCACCUUCUCCGAGGGGACGACCAUGGUGGAAUCCAUGAGUCACGCCGUCUCCGUGCAGCUGCUGGUCCCGCCGAACCACUCCUGCUCCGUGAGGAUGGACGGCAGGAAGAUGACCGCCGACAUCCCCUUCACCGGCCGGCUGAGCAGGACCAACUACAACGGGGACACCCACUGGACGUACAUCACGGGAACCUACGACGGCGUGAACGUCGGCGAGAUCAACGCCGUGGUGGAGAGGUGUCAGCCGGUGGCGGACGCUGAACCCUGUCCCCCAAAUCAAGACUGAUGUAUGAAACUCAGAGCUCAAAAGUCAAACAUGAGAGUUCAGAAAUAAAGAAAC